UUCUCGCUCGCUCUCCCCAGAUAUAAAACGGAAAUAAACAGAGAGCCUGAGAGCGUUGUUGGUCCUAUUCCCAUCAACAACAGCCUUCACCAAAAACCCUAAAACUUCAGUCUUCACGAAAAUCCUGAGACAGCAGCAGCAGUGGUUGCAAUGUCUGAGAUUGAACACUCACGCUCAGAGAAGAAGAAGAAGAAGGAUCGUAGCAAUGAAAGAAACCCAGAUGACCAGGACGACUUCCUUAUUAAACCCCAGAGCUUUACCCCUUCCUUAGACACCUCCCAGUGGCCCAUCCUCCUUAAGAACUACGACCGCCUCAACGUCCGUACCGGUCACUACACUCCCCUCCCCUCUGGUUACUCUCCUCUGAAGCGCCCCCUCCAUGAGUACAUCAAGUACGGAAUCCUCAAUCUCGACAAACCUGCAAACCCAUCUUCUCACGAAGUCGUUGCAUGGAUCAAACGUAUACUUCAUGUAGAGAAGACGGGUCACAGCGGAACCCUCGAUCCCAAAGUGACCGGGAACCUCAUUGUCUGCAUCGAUCGUGCCACCCGCCUCGUAAAAUCGCAGCAGGGAGCUGGGAAAGAGUACGUUUGCAUUGCGAGGCUUCAUUCGGCGGUGCCUGAUGUCGCUAAGGUCGCCAGAGCGCUUGAAACGCUCACUGGAGCUGUAUUUCAGCGGCCUCCGCUCAUUUCAGCCGUCAAAAGGCAGCUCAGGAUUCGGACAAUUUAUGAAAGUAAGCUUCUUGAGUAUGACCCAGAUAAGCAUUUAGUAGUUUUUUGGAUUUCUUGCGAGGCAGGUACCUAUGUUCGGACGCUGUGUGUCCACUUGGGUCUGCUUUUGGGUGUUGGAGGGCAUAUGCAGGAGCUCCGGCGAGUACGGUCUGGGAUUUUGGGUGAGAAGGAUAACAUGGUUACAAUGCAUGAUGUAAUGGAUGCUCAAUGGGUUUAUGAAAAUUACAGAGAUGAGACUUAUCUGAGGAGGGUUAUAAUGCCCCUUGAAGUAGUGCUAACGAGUUACAAGAGGUUGGUGGUUAAGGAUUCUGCAGUGAAUGCUAUUUGUUAUGGUGCCAAAUUUAUGAUUCCUGGGUUGCUGAGGUUUGAGAAUGAUAUUGAGGUCGGCGAGGAGGUUGUAUUGAUGACCACCAAGGGAGAGGCAAUUGCUUUGGGUAUUGCAGAGAUGACCACUGCCGUGAUGGCUACUUGUGAUCAUGGUGUGGUUGCAAAGAUUAAGAGGGUGGUGAUGGAUAGGGACACAUAUCCAAGGAAAUGGGGUCUUGGUCCUAGGGCUUCGAUGAAGAAGAAGCUGAUUGCUAAUGGCAAGUUGGAUAAGCAUGGGAAACCUAAUGAGAAUACCCCCUCAGAGUGGCUAAGGAAUGUGGUUCUCCCAGCAGGAGGUGAUUCUAUGAUUGCAGGUCUUGCUGCUGCUGCUGAACCAGUUCCAGUGAAAGUGGAGACUGAAGUAGUUGUGGAGGAGAAGAAAAAAAAGAAGAAACAUAAGGACGGCCAAGAUGGUGAAGGACACAAGCGUAAAUUAGAGAACAGUGACAGCCCUGAUCCUAUUCCUACUAAGAAAGUAAAAGUUGAAGAUGUUGAAGAAGUUGUUGAAAAGGAAGAGAAGAGGGUGAAGUCGAAGAAAGUAGAAGAAGAAGAAGAGGAAGAGUUGGAAUCUUUUGAAGUUGACAAGAAGGAGAAGAAAAAGAAAAAGAAGUCUAAAGAGAAUGGUAGAGAUGGAUCCUCAGAUGAGGAGAAGUCUGACAAGAAGAGUAAGAAGAAGAAGAAGAAAAGCAAAGAGGAUGAGGGUAAUGAUGCCUCGGGAGUGCCUGGAAGCACAGCUGCGAGUGAUGAAGAUGGAAGUGAGAAGAAGAAGAAGAAGAAAAAGAAGAAGAAUAAAGAUGCAGAUGACCAGGAAUAGUUUAAAUGGAUCAAAGACUCUUCCUCUUUGAGAAGACACUCUUGAGUAUAUGUUUUCUAACAUCUCAAUUCAUCCUUAGUGGGUGAUAAGAAACUUUCGUAAUCCGUAUGUUAUGCAUGCAAAUCAUUUUUGUUUCUUUUAAGCUCUUCAUGAUGAUAGGUGUUUUCAGCUUAAAUAGUUCAAAUUGUGGGUCUUGCUUCUAAUGUUAUAUGUGAUUUGUUUCUGAAAAGGAACAUAUCUGUUAUUAUGAAAGAUCUAGAUUGUUAUGUAGGUUUUUACAUGAUGGAUAAUUGUUA